CGGGCCUUUGGGUAUUUGGUUAAUGGCCCAAAACAGAAAACCCUAAAAACAACUAUAUAUAAACUAUCUUCAGCUUUGGACACUUUGCUUCGAACAUUCAAGCUACCGCCGGCGAAAAUGGUUUUCAAGAGGUACGUGGAGAUCGGGAGAGUGGCUCUUGUGAACUAUGGAAAAGACCAUGGAAAGCUCGUUGUUAUCGUCGACGUCGUUGACCAGAACAGGGCUCUGGUAGACGCACCUGACAUGGAGAGGAUCCAGAUGAACUUCAAGAGGUUGUCACUUACUGACAUCGUGAUUGAGAUCAACCGAGUGCCAAAGAAGAAGGCUUUGAUCGAGGCCAUGGAGAAGGCUGACGUGAAGAACAAGUGGGAGAAGAGCUCGUGGGGUAGGAAGCUCAUCGUUCAGAAGCGCAGGGCUAGCCUCAAUGAUUUCGACAGGUUCAAGAUCAUGUUGGCCAAAAUCAAGAAAGCUGGUGUUGUCAGGCAAGAGCUUGCGAAACUCAAGAAGGAGAUCACUGCCUGAUCAGAUUGAGGAUUAUCUUCUGCAUCUCUGUUUUUCGAUUUUGAAUUGGUAGUUAGUGUUUUUGAAAGUGUCAACUCCGUUAUCUACUCUAUUGUCGGAUGUUAAAAUUUCAAGUUUGAAUGAAACCUUGUUUGGAAGACGUC